GUGUUUCUUGUUUAAAUUUUUAACGCUUUAAUACUAUUUGCAAUGGUUUCAAAUGAAAAAAGCUUUCCGCGCGGCGGAAUAGCAAAUUUACAAGCAAAUGCCGAAAGCAGCCCAUCGAAUAUCGUUUUUGGUGCCUCACAGCGAAAGAUAAAGAAAGGUCCCAAGCCAAAGGAAAAGCAAAUAGAUGGUGAGCACAGUGACCAACUGCAAGCGUUCUCCGCGGAAACGCUCACAUAUGACACACUUCGGGACCGAAUGCUGGUGAUGGGAGUUGUAAAAGCAGCGGACGCCACCUCAAUACAAAUAGCAUUGCCCGGACGCAUGACAGCUCGCGCUUUAGUGGCCGAUAUAUCCGAUGCAUAUGCACGUGUGGCCCAAUCCUAUAUGGCCGGCGAUGGCAGUGAAUAUCACGAUCUGACUGUGUUGUUCAGCGUGGGACAGAUUGUCUAUGGGCGCGCCAUAAAAACAGAGAUACCGGAAAGGAAUCGGAUGUCACUGUUACUGUCACUUAAACCCGCAGAAGUGAACAGUAGCUUGCACCACGCCAGCAUCAAGAAGGGCUUCAUCUUCUCUGGCGCCAUUGAGGAAAUCCAGGAGCACGGCUGUGUGAUCGAAACCGGCAUUGAGGGGCUACAGGCAUUUGUUCCCAUCGCAGACGCGGCACAACAGCAUCACAUUGGCCAGUUGAUCUUCCUGAAAGUCAAGCAAAUUCAGCACAGUUCCGCAAAGAGUACCUGCCAGUGUGUGCGCUUGGAUCAGGACAAGUUGAAAAUUAAAAGCCAGAACGAAACCAACCUCGACUACAUUCUGCCUGGUAGCAUUGUAAAGUUUAAGGUAAUAAAACAUCUUAAGAAUGGACUGGAGGGGAGCAUUAUGAACGAAUCGUUUAGAGGCUACGUGAAUGAGCAUCAUUUGGCAGAGGCACUGCACACGCCACCAGAUUAUGAGCUUAACGAGGAGUACCUGGCGCGGGUGCUCUACGUGAUGCCCCUGACCAAGUUGGUAUAUUUGACCCUUAAUUUGGACAUCAACGUGACAACUGAAAUGACGGCAAUGGAAGAUGAUGAGCAGCAGGAACUCCUAAAGAAGGGCAGCAUUGUGGAGAAAGCACGCGUGCUGCGCCAUGGCACAGGCGGUAUCGUACUGCUCCUCAACCACAAACAUAAGGGUCUGAUUUCGUAUGGCUCCAUUAAGUCGAACCAUAAGGGAAACUACGACCAGGACGUUGUGUUGGCAAAGUACAGUAGCAAGAGCAAGCAUAAGGUGCGUGUGCUUGGAUAUGAUGUCAUCGAGUCACUCUACUACUGCACCGACGAUGCCAAUAUAUUAAACGAGAAGUUGUACACACUGGAGGAUCUUCAAGCGGGCGAUAUUGUUCAAGCUCGUAUUGUAAAGCCUGAGUCCAAAAUUGGCGGCUACAAUGUUAAAAUUGGGAAAGUCAACGGGAUCAUUGAGCAGCUGCAUCUGGCGCCAAAUAUGCGGUAUGAGGUGGGACAACGUCUACGCUGCCGUGUUUUGGAUAUUUGCCUGGAUCGUAAAAUUUGUUAUUUAAGCAAUCGGAACGAGUAUCUUAACAAGAGCGUUAAACUGCUUACCUCGCUGCAGUCGGCUCAGCCUGGUAGUCUCUUCACUGGCACCGUGGUCAAGUGUGAGCCCAGCUAUGUACUCGUCAAGUUCUGUAGCGGCAUCAAGGGAGUGCUGCACAAACAGCGCCUGAACGAACUAAUUGAGAGCACCUUUUUCGCCGGUCAAACUACGAAGUUUCGGAUUGCUGGACGCAAUAAUGAUCAGGUACUCUUAACACUGCCCGAGGAAAAGUUCCAGCUUGGCGAAAUAUGUCCCAUUGAAGUGACAAAUGCAUUAGAUGCUGGUCUGGAAAUCAAAAUUACCUAUGCUAGCGAUGAACAGGAUGAAUCAAUGACAGGUGCCGAGGAGUCUACCGAGGAGUUUGUCGGUCUGAUGCCAGUGCGUUUUCUAUCAGACUAUGUGGAUCUACAGGAUGCACAAAAACGCACUCAUCCUGUCGGGACACACACCGAAGCCGCCUGCAUCAUGCAGAACAUUUUUAGUUUACGCGAUGUGUCCUAUUUCAGUGAGAACCUUACCAAGGAUUGGCACACAGUGCAAGUGGGCGAUGUACUCCGCGCCCAUGUUAAGCAUGCAAGCGAGCAGGUUCUGGAGCUGUUGGUACCCGUACGUAAUUACAAUAAACUGGUCAAGUUGCACGUAAAGAUGCUGUGCCCACAAACCGCGCGAGAAGUGCCCAUCAUGCUGGCGCCGGAUCAGCUUCUGUACGUCAAGGUGCUCAGCAAGGAGUUGGAGACCAAAACGUUGACCGUGUCUGCCAAGCUUUCAGAUGUGUGGAGUGGCCAGCUCACUGAGACAGCAAACCGGGUGGAAAGUUAUCUGGACGAAGUAUCACAGAUUCGAAAUAAAUUGAAAGUACUGAAUGCGCCCAUUGCCAAGCAUAGUAUGGGCGAUAAAGUUGAUGUCAUUUUCAAGGGCAUUGAUCCGACGACCAACAAUUGGGUGUAUCACUUGGAUGGCUCCAAGAAUAUAACUGCACUGAUAAUUGGCAGCUUGGCAGGCACAGCGACGGCGCCCCAGGUGGGCAGCAAACAACAAGCCGUUAUUUUGUGGAUCGACUACGCCAACGAUAUGCUCCUCAUAAGCAAUAAGAAGAUGGAUAUUGAACACAUCAGCAGCAGCAAAGAGCUUCCGCAAAAUUUAAUCGCCAAGUCGGGCAUGAAGGCCAAAGUUUUGCUUAAAUUAGACAGCAUUGUGGUGUGCUCACUAAAAAAGGGUGCCAGCAAUCCGUUGAUAUUUUGUCCGGUACGCCUGCAUCCCAACGAUGUUGAUAGCUCUGCCAGUGCUUGUCUGCGCCAGGGCGAUUUCUGUAACCUUGCAUUUAUACACGACAAGCUGCCAAUUGCUGUGCCAGAGACCGUCUGGAAGCUGUGGAAGGGCGUAAAACGUGCAGCCGCCGUCGAUGCUGAAGAAGAAACACCCGUUAAGUCGAAAAAAGUCAAGAUGGAAGCUAAAACAGCACCCAAAUCAAACGCAAAUAAAUUAAAAAAUGACAAAAAAGCUGAAAUUAAGCCGCUAGAUAAUGGCAAGCAAACGGAGGCACAGCUUUUCUUCGAGGAUAAAAUCCCUGCAAAGGCCAAUGUGCUCAAAUGCAAUGCAGCAAAUGAUACUGCGACCAAGAUACGUCUGCCGGGCAUCUCGAGCUUCUGGGAGACUGACCUCGGCGCAUUAAAUGGCAAGCGGCCAGAGGACACAUCCAGCGAUGAGGAUGACGACAAUGCAGCAGCCGAGGCCGAGGCGAACUCUAGCAAGAAAAAACGACUUAGUGCCAAGGAAAAGGCUAAGGCAGAAGUGAAGGAGGAACAGCGCUUGCGCGAGAUCGAGGAGCGCAAUGCUGAUCCUAAUCAACGCCCAGAAACAAUUGAUCAGUUCGAACGUCUGGUACUAGCCGAGCCCAACAGCAGCAAGUCCUGGAUCCAGUACAUGUCCUUCCUCCUCUCAAAUACAGAGGUGGAUAAAGCACGAGACAUUGCACGACGCGCCAUUAAAACAAUAGCAUUUCGCGAGACCAAAGAACUGCGCAAUAUAUGGACUGCACUAAUCAACCUGGAGCUAAGCUACAAUUCAUCCAAUUUUGACGAUGUGUUAAAGGAGGCACUUAGCCAUAACGAUCCGCUUGAAACCUACCUAAACCUUGUCGAAGUGCUCAAGUCGCACAAUCUUAGGGAACGUCUCGUCAGCACAUUAAAUCUAAUAACGCGCAAGUUUAGAUCGGAGCCACAGGUGUGGCGUGUAACUGCCGAUGCUUAUUUCUGGCUGGGAAUGGCGGACCGUGUGCAGCCUACGCUGCAGCGUGCGCUAAGCGUUUUACCCAAAAAUCAACACAUCAAUUGCAUUGUGGCCUUUGCGAAACUGUAUGCCCAGAACGAUGAUAAUGCCAUGGCGCAAACUUUGCUGGAUGAUAUUGUCACCUCAUAUCCAAAGCGAAUUGAUAUUUGGGUCCUUUACGUAGAUAUGUUAAUAAAAUCGGAACUAAUUGAAUCCGCACGAAAUGUACUCGAACGCGCAGUUCUUCAAAAGUUGCAGCCGGACAAAAUGCUUGUCAUCUACAAGAAGUAUCUGGACUUUGAGAUGAAGCACGGUACGGAGGCAAAUGCGGCACGGGUCAAACAGCUAGCCGAACAAUAUGUUCAGAGUCAAAAUAAAACGCUUAAAUAGUGUCGAAAAUUAA